AUGGGUGAACCUACUUCCUCAAAAGGACAAGCAAACGAAUCAGCUGUACUUUCUCAGCCAGAGGACGAACAAGACUAACAAGCCACGUCUUAUAUAAACGACCUAACUCAAGCUCACAGUUUUUAAAUACAAAAAGCAGAAAUUAAGCCUACUCGAUCAAGAGCUCUCAAAAUCGGCACUUAAACUCCGACUCUGACAGUGCAAUGCCUCACGACGAAAGUGAAUGAGGGAUUUACCAAAGAUUAAGCUAUUUUUAACGGUGAAAUUAAUUAGCAGGAUCAUAUUUUAAGCCCCCUAAUGAGGAAGCAUAGUUCCUCCAAGAAAAAAGAGAUGUUUACACAACAGAAAUACCCAAGUGCAGCUAGCAAUUAUUUGCAACCGAGUAAAUAGCGUAAGUUCUCUUAACCCAACAUAAUUAUUUAUAUAGAUCCUAAAGAUGAUUAUGAUGCCUAGAGCUCAAAUAAAUCUAUAUAGGAUAUUUUCGAGGCUCAGUUGAAAGACAUACAAAGUAAUCCUGAAUUUAGAAAAAAAAGAACAGUUUCCAUGACAAAUCGUAAAAAACCCAAAAACAUAUCCGUUUAGGGCAGCCAUGAUAAUAUGUCAGUAAGAGGUUUGAAUGACGAUUCGGUGAGUAGAAGUGCUGCUAACUCCCCAUACUUCAAGCCUGGCACAAUUAAACCUUAGAGAAGACGAGAUCAAAACGGAGUGAGAAUAAUCAAGGGUUCUAAAAAUCACAAAAUAUCAUUCACGGACUAAGCACAGAACCUCCGCUUAGAAGAGGUUUUUAUAGUUGAAAGUUACAAGGAGUACUAUUAAAAGCAAGAUAACUACGAUUCUAUUAAUUGCACCUGUAGCAUAUACUGA